UGCAGCUUACCAGAAUCCCUUCGCAUCCACUUGGAUUACUUUGCAUUACUGACGUAACGGAAUGAGUGCUCUUGAGUGGAAGCAAGUUGCUGAUAUUUCCGAGCGAUCUAUAAGUCUAAAGAAUGUUGACGCACUUUGUGACCUUUUGCAAGAGGCAAGAGUAGAUGGCCUAACGGAAAGAAGGCAGUUGAUUCAUGUAUUCAAUAUCACACAAGUGCUUCUAAAUAUUCGUUCUGAGCAAUGGAAGAAUGCGGAGGAGAUUUUGAUACAAAAGACCUCUGAACUACGAAAUCUGCAACUCGAGAACGAUGAUUUAGAAAAAGAAAACCACGAACUACAAAGAGCACUGUCAGUAUCAAACACGGCUAGGGAAUUUGUUGACGAGAAAUUAAAGUUGUCAACGGAAAAUGAACGAAUUCGGAAAGAGUUUGAUAUAAUGAAAUUCAAUAUGGAUCAGCUUACUCACGAGAAAACUGUGCUCAAUACUGAAAAAAUUGAACUUCAAAAGAAAGUCAGUGAAAUGCAUGAGGAAAUUCAGAGUUUGACGAGCAAAUGUGAGUACAUGCAUUCAAAAUUGCAAGAAAAUCCAAAUGUUCGAGAGUUGAGUGAAGUCAAGUUUCGCAGAGAAAUAUCCAACUUACGCUCACAGGUUCGACUCCAAAAGGCUGAAAUAGAUACCCUAGAAGAACAUAAACACAACUUGGAGUGUGACGUAAGCCGAUUAGAGAAAAACCUGAGAGAGGCAACGGCUGACCUGGAGAAGGCAACCGAUGAACAACUACACUUGCGAUCUGUCAUGAAGGAGAAGGAUAAGUGUUUGGCAAGAAAAAUAGACGAAUGUGAUGCCCUCAAGAAACACUUAUCCAAGAAAUCUGAGGACACCGAUAGCGGAAAUGAUGUGAUAUUGGAUGCCGUUGAUCAAAAGAUUUUAGAGUGGAAGCAGGUCAUUUCCGAAAAAGACACGGAAAUUGUGAAGCUUUAUGAGCAGAUACAAACUGCCCAAAAACAACUUAAAAGAGCCUCUUGCGACAGUACGAAGUUUGGAAUCAAGACACUUUUGAGUACAUUGAGUGAGCGUGACUACCAGGUCAAUAUUUUGAAAGAACAGCUAGCAGAUGCAACGAAGGAAGUGGAACGAUCCACCAGACUACUUGAAGAAUUCAAGCGACAGCUGGACUCAACCCACGGCGGUUCGGAUGAGACCAAGGCGAAGCGGAUAAAGUCACUGCAAAUACAGCUGAGAGAAAAGGAAGUUCUCAUUGGAAGAUUGGAAAAAAGUCUGAGAUUGGCUGAAGAGACAUGUCAGCAACAACAAGUCGAGAUUACUAAUUUGGAGCAACGCUUGCACCGCUUCGAGUGCGGAGAAUACGGCCUGGCAGAAGCACUCAGGGAAUUGAGAGCCGUCAAAAGCCAACUGGAAUCCAAAGACCGACAACUGGAGGAACUUUGUCGUGUGGCAAGUCAAGCGGAAACGGCCGUGAAUGAGACCAACCUGGAGAAUGAGUAUCUCAGAGAACGAUUAGGCAUCAAGCCAGAUGAAGCAGUCGACUUGAAAGGAUACCGCAUGGUGAAACGAACGAAGGACGACGAAGAACGAGCGUUGAACAUUGUAUUACGGAUCCCGCCUGAAUUGCAGAAACCCUCUCCGGAGCCACGUGACCCAUUUACGUUGAUUGGAGAGCAGAUGGUCGGGAAAAUAGCAGUGUUAGAGAUGAAGGAACUGAACGAGCGAGAAAGAGCCAAGCAUGCACAACACAUGCUGAACAUUAUGAGACAAACGAAUCAACAGUUGGAAGAGCGUAAUCGAGAGCUCGAGCAAGCAGUGUCAAGACUCACUGAGAGCUCACUGAGUCUGCAAUCAUCUGAGCAUCAACUGAGGCAAGAACUCGCGGAUGCCGUCCCAAGGUCAGUCACAUGUGCAAUGGAAAAGAGGGUAGAAGAGCUGGAACUUGCCAACAUCAGUCUGCGUCAUGAGAUGGAGCAGUUAAAAGAAAUUGCGCUAAUUUCCGUCUUCCAAACACAGAAUAUAGAGCAACAAAACAAGGCACACGAAUUAGAAGUUGAGACCUUGCGACAACAGCUGGAAGAACUUGAGUCCAAAGAUGAGCACAGCGCAGUCGUAGCCAGAUUACAUCGACAAGUGACGGGAUUGCAAAUUUCCGAAUCCACAGCCGUGUGUCGGCUUGCAGCUACAGAGAAGAAAGCGGCCCAUUUGGAAUCUGUCAUCUUACGCGUGGAGCAACGUUUGGCAAAACGUGAAGCUGAGUUAAGAGAACAGCGGAACUACCACGACCGAUGGCGAAAGCGAUACAGCGAGACAAUUAAUACUCUCAGGGCCCGCUACGCCGGCUGUGUGCCCAUCGCGGAACAAGAGCGAGUAGCCUCUCGGUACGCUGAGAUUUCACGCGAGCGUGCUCGUUUGCAGUUGGAACUGGAGACCGCGAUACAACGUGCCAUUAAGGCAGAAGCUAGUUUGCAGGGUGACCGUGAACGGAACGAACUGGUGAAGCACUUCAAGUUAGUCGAUGAUGCUACCGACUUUGGAAGUUCGCAAAAGAAGGAAUCGCUUGAACGGAAGUUAAUCCAGUGUCAGUCAAAAUUGGCCGAUCUUCGUGUCGAGGAAACGAUUCAGCGAAGACAAGCCGAACAACUUCGUUUGCACAAUCAACACCUUCAAGUGGUGAUUCACAAUCAGGAGAGCCAGCUGAACAGUUUGGAAUCGGAGAACGCCCAACUUAGUAAACAGCUAGAGAGGCGGGAAAUUGAGUGGGAGCUUCGUGAAUGCGAGCUGGAAAAGGCACUGUACGCUUCCAAAGCAGCACAGCAAGAAACCGUGGCAGCUACGGACAAACUUGGUAUCACUGAGGAAGUGGUCACUAUGGCACAUUCAAUCAGUGAGACGGAAGCAAACCCCUUCGGUGACCUUCAGGCUAAUCGUAUGCCGAAUGCCGAACUUCCUGUAUCCGAACAAUUGAAGGAGGCGUUGACUAUCAUCAAGCGCAACGUCCUAACAAUACUGAAUCAGCGCGUGGAGAUUGAAAGUUUGAAAAAGAAACUCGCCGAAUUGAUUCGAGAAAUGCAAUUUAACAAGGAGGAUAUCGGUCUGCAGAGCCUUCCUUACCAGAUACCUGAGAAAGAUUACCAGACACCGACCGAGACUGAUGCAGACAAUCCAGCCACUGGGAGUUUGCGAUUGCAAAUCGAUUUACUUCAACGUCGUCUGGCCGCGAAAGAGGAGAGUUUAGCCGAAGCACAUGAGCUAUUGCGGCAGGUAGAAAAAGCGAACGAAGACAUGCAAGAGAAAUUUACCAAACAGAAUGCUGACUUGCUUUCAAGGCUACGCGGACGAAUAGAAGAAUCCGUGGCACAACUUUCAAGGUCGGUGGAAUCCACUGCAAGUCGACAGCAAGCUGACCAGUAUUGCAAGCAGUUAAAUCAACGCCUGAAGGAAAUGGAGGAAGCUCUGGAAGAGCAGCAUCAAGUUGUGAUCCGACAGCUCGACCGCACGAAGCAAGCGAAUCGAGAGACGGAGAUGUGGAAAAUGAAAUACGAACAAUUGGGACAGGAGGCUGAGGCGGCGCGACAUAAAAUAACAGAGCAGUACAAGCGUCUGUUCUCUCAGCUUCAACUGGAUCGUGAAAAUCUACAAGCCCAGUUAAACCACUGUAACAAACGUGUACGCGAACUGUCCUCGGAGGUCAGUAAAUGGAAACAGGAAGCAAGUAAAUCUCCGUCGGCUGCUCAGCGCCAGACAACCGAACGUCUUAAAGCUGAACUGGCGGACCGCGAGAAGCGUCAACAGGCCCUCACGAAAGCACUUGCUGAACUUCGGCGCGACUUGUUGGCACAGGCUGAACACGCGGUUUUGAUAAAUGCUCCAACCAACAAACUCUCGUCCGUGGAAGGCGUUCGGGCGCCCAGCAUGGUCGACAAAUCGGUGGAAGCCGUUGUUACUCCGGCAGUGCAGUCUGGAUUUCCAGAACACGUCGUGGCAGUGAGGGAGGAAUCGGAUUUACAACAGGUCCCUAGUUCAGACAUACACAGCCUCUUGAAACAGCGAAACGAACAGUUGGAAGCGGAAUGCAAUGAGUUGCGAGGUCAGCUGACCCGAAUGAAGCAAAUCAGGACACUCAGAAAUGACUCUUCCAUGAACCGACAACUUCAAGAAAUGGAGGAGAAGAAUCGUGACUUAGAGAACCAGAUCAAGCGCCUUCAGUCGUCUCGAGAAAAGCAGCGCACUGAAACCAUGAGAAAGUUGGAAGCGGAAGUGGUCAGUUUGAACUCCCAGUUAGCAAGCAAGAUAGCAGAACUGCAGCGUGCUCAAAGGCAACUGGAGGAGAUCAGGAUUGCAUUAGAGAGUGCUCUGCGUGAGAAUGAAUUGUUGCGCGGACGUCUUUCGCAUAAUUGGCAACCAGCUAUGCUUCCAGAAAAGGAGGAUCUGGACGCACUGGAGAAAAGAAAGGCCUCAGUGAAACCUGGUGAACUAAAGGAAAGGCUGGCACUACAUCAGCAGGUGCUGGAGUUGAAAUCUGAGGUAGAGAUGCUUCGUCGAGCGAAGCCCAUAUCGUUGGACCUGCCGGUAGAGACGAAGCCCGUAACCGGUGGACCAGUGGAACUCGAGGCUGCUGAGCUUCGCCAUCGUCUGGCACAAGAGCGUAUCAAGGCGUUGGAGCAGCAACUGAUAGACACUGGACGCAGCACGCCAGCUAGGAUUCAAAUGGAUCAAGCCAUACAGCAAGACCUACUUCGAGUGACCAAGGAGAACAUGGAGCUCCGAAGCGAAUUGGAAACAACGCGUGCAGACAUACCCCGACUCAAGAUGCGCAUCCAGGAGCUGCAAUCUUAUGUUGAGAGGAUGAGACACGAGAACGGGACCUUCGCGACCAGUCGUCAAAAUGAUAAGUCGAUCGAAUCCGGAGGUAAUGGAAAUUACAACAUCAAACGUGUCGGUGAAAGUGGAAAAUCCUGCAAAGAAUUAGAGAAAAUUAUCGUCCGACUCAAAAGUGUGCUACAGCGGAGCCUGGCCGAAAACGAACGUCUCAAAAGCACUCCAAGUGCGACUGUACAGAAUGAGAAUCGUCAGCUACAAGCAGAGAAUGAGAGGCUACGGAUGGAAUUAGAACAAGCAAAAUUGGCGGCAGAUGCACUCAUGACAACGCAUCGAGCAAGUAGCGAGAAAAGUAUACAGAAACUUUCCCAAGAAUACGAACGACUAAGAAAAAGCUAUGAGGAGGUUGGCUCAUCUUAA